AUGAAAAAUUUACUUUUUAAGUUAUUAUCAAUUCAAUAUAAUAUAUUUUCGAAUUCUAAACAGAUUAAAAAUAUUCAAAAUAAGAAACAAAAAAACAAUGAAAAAGAUCUUUCCAUUGUUAAUCUUAUCCAACAUAUUGAAUCAUUACCGAAAAUAAUUCAUCAUUUAUUCAGUAAAGAAAUCAAUAAUUAUCCUAAGCAAUCAUGUUGUCGUCGAAAAACUAAGAUUAUUGAUGAAAAUAAUUUACUAAGCUAUCGACAUAAACAGAAAAAUUAUAAUAUUUCUUAUUCAGACAAUCAUACACAUGAUACUGAAACAGCUCAUUUUAAUCGUUUACAGAUGCAUAAACAACUCUCAGAAAAGCAAUUUUAUCCUAACGAUCAUCAAAACUCGAUUUUAGUUCAUACUAAUAACGAUAACUUAUCAUCAGUAUAUCAAGUAGAAGAAUUUCCUCAAUCUCAAAUAAAAGCAAUCGAGAAUAGAAAUAAUUCAAUGACUCCGGCACAACAGAAAUCAUUACCAGUGGAUACUGAAUCAGAUAUAAAACAACUAUACAAUGAAAUGGACAUUCGAGAACUUGUUAAUACUGUUCGAACAGAGAUGAGUGCAUUGAUUGAUGCAGAUAGAAAUCCUUCGAAAGAACAAAUGGAAAUAUCUACUGCACACAAUCGUAAUCUUAAUUCGAGAAAACCAGUAAAAAAUAAAUCGAAAAUAAAAAAAUCUGGUAAAAGAAAAACAUCGAUAUCAAGAAAAAGUAGUUUAAAUAGUAAGACAACAUCAAAAAGUAAUAGUAAAUCUAAAUCUUCAUCAAAAACCAGAAAACAAAAAGUCGAUAAGGUAAUAAAGAAUAAUACAUCGACAGUAAAUACAACUGAACAAUGUAAUAAUUGUUGUUGUAAUUUUCUUCAUUAUUCUCUACGACAGAUAAUGCGUGAUGCUGAACAAAUGAAACAAUUUGCAUUAAAUAAUGCAAUGAUUGGAAUUGAUCCAUUGAAAUUAAAAAGUUCGAAUAAGAAUUCAUAUCCAGCUAUUUGUAUUCCAAUGUAUAAUUGUGAAAAUAUACGUGAUCAACGAUUUCCUACAGGACCUACUUUUACAACAAUCUCAAAGGAUGAAGAAAUCGAUGAGAAUAAUCAGAAUCAAGGUGAAAUAGUUAUACAAGAUAUAAAUACUCAACAUGGAAAAAUUCAAAUAAAACUUGAUCCUCAAUCAUUUGGAUUAGCACCAUUUUUUUCUCACCAAUACGAAACAUUUAUUAAAGGUCCACCAAGUUCAAUAUUUUUUACAAGUUAUAUCAAUAAAUAUCAUAAAUAA